UUAAAAUUACAAAUCCCAAAAACACUUUCUCUGAAAUUGUUGCAAAAAUUUCCUCACCAUCAAUGUCACUGCACCUUUUCAAAGAAACCCUCAAGCCCUGCACAAACAAUCCUUCGUCGUCGUUGUCCUCCGCAUCCAUAACCCACAGCUUUGACCCCAUAAUCCCUAGAAAACCCCCCAAGUCCUCUCUCUCACGGCAGCUUCUGCGCCUCCAAGACCCAGAUUCUCUGCCCCCAAUUCAAUCCCAGAUUUCAACUAAGCAACCUCAAGGCCAUAAUGGUGAUGGAAAUGAAGAAGAAGAGGAAGAAGAAGGACAGAAAGCGCCAGAACCAAAAGGGUUUGGGAGAACCACCAAAUUGGGUCAGUUGCAGUUUGACAAUACAGGACCAUUUGAGCCAUUGAUUUUGUCCUCUCAGAAUGAAAUUCCAGUAGUACAGGUUCCCGCAUCUAUCAACUGUAGGUUGCUUGAACAUCAAAGAGGGGGAGUGAUGUUUUUAUAUAAUUUAUACAAGAACAACCAUGGAGGCAUCCUUGGAGAUGACAUGGGACUUGGCAAGACCAUUCAAACAAUUGCCUUCCUGGCUGCUGUGUAUGGUAAAGAAGGAGAAGGUUUUCAUUCCACGAUACUGAAGGAAAAUCAGGUUGGCAAAAAGGACCCAGUACUAAUAAUUUGCCCCACUUCUGUUAUCCACAAUUGGGAGAGUGAAUUCUCUAAGUGGGCAACCUUUAGUGUUUCUGUUUACCAAGGUGCAAACCGCGAUCUGAUAUAUGAGAAAUUAGAAGUAGGUGCGGUUGAGAUUCUUAUUACCAGUUUUGACACAUACAGAAUUCAUGGCGAAAUAUUGUCCGAGGUUAAAUGGGAGAUUGUAAUUGUUGAUGAGGCGCACCGGCUUAAGAAUGAAAAGUCAAAGCUUUAUGGAGCAUGUUUAGAAAUUAAAACCCCAAAACGUUUUGGUCUGACAGGAACCGUAAUGCAGAAUAAAAUAAUGGAAUUGUUUAAUCUCUUUGACUGGGUUGCACCAGGGUCCUUGGGAACACGGGAACAUUUCCGGGAGUUUUAUGAUGAACCCCUCAAGCAUGGUCAGAGGUCAACUGCUCCUGAAAGAUUUGUACGGGUUGCUGAUGAGCGAAAACAGCAUCUAGUGGCAGUUCUUCGUAAAUACAUGUUAAGAAGGACAAAGGAGGAGACUAUUGGGCAUCUUAUGAUGGGGAAGGAGGAUAAUGUCGUAUUCUGUGCCAUGAGUGAAUUGCAGAAACGGGUGUACAGUAGAAUGUUACAACUACCAGAAGUCCAAUGCCUUAUAAAUAAGGACCUUCCAUGUAGCUGUGGAAGCCCUCUUACUCAAGUCGAAUGUUGCAAAAGGACUGUACCAAAUGGAAUCAUUUGGCCUUACCUUCACAGGGACAACCCAGAUGGUUGUGAUUCGUGCCCCUUUUGCCUUGUCCUUCCUUGCCUUGUCAAGUUGCAACAGAUAAGCAAUCACCUGGAAUUGAUUAAGCCUAACCCUAAGGAUGACCCAGAUAAACAAAAGAAAGAUGCAGAGUUUGCCUCGGCUGUCUUUGGCCCUGAUAUUGAUUUGGCAGGAGGGAAUACCCAAAGUGAGAGCUUCAUGGGCCUAAGUGACGUCAAACAUUGUGGCAAAAUGCGAGCACUGGAAAAGCUAAUGUUCUCAUGGCUUUCAGAGGGCGAUAAAGUACUUUUGUUCAGUUACUCUGUCAGGAUGCUGGACAUACUCGAGAAAUUUCUUAUUCGCAGAGGCUACUGUUUCUCAAGACUCGAUGGUUCCACUCCAAGUAACUUGCGCCAGUCUCUAGUGGAUGACUUCAAUUCAAGUCCAAGCAAACAAGUAUUCCUUAUAUCAACUCGAGCUGGGGGGCUUGGAUUGAAUCUUGUCAGCGCAAAUCGUGUGGUAAUAUUUGAUCCGAACUGGAAUCCUGCCCAAGACUUACAGGCCCAGGAUAGGUCCUUUCGGUUUGGGCAGAAGCGGCAUGUUGUGGUUUUCCGCCUUCUUGCAGCUGGUUCCCUUGAGGAACUUGUUUAUUCCCGUCAGGUGUACAAACAGCAGCUAUCGAAUAUAGCUGUUUCCGGAAAAAUGGAAAAACGAUAUUUUGAAGGUGUCCAGGAUUGCAAGGAAUUUCAAGGCGAGCUUUUUGGAAUCUGCAAUUUAUUUCGUGAUCUAUCUGAUAAGCUCUUUACAAGUGAGAUCAUUGAAUUACAUGAAAAGCAGGGUCAAGAAGAUGGGCAUCAUCUUAGUACAAAACAAGGGUUAACUGAACUUGGAAACAAUUUUGUUUCAUCAAAAGAAGUGGAUGUAACAUUUUCAUCUGAAUCUGAAACCAGGGUGCCUAGUGAUUCUGAGAGGGCUAAAACAAGUAAACCAGCACUCGAAAACAUGGGAAUUGUAUAUGCUCAUCGUAAUGAAGACAUAGUCAAUGUUGGAGCUGGGAUUCAAGGGAAGAUGGAUUUAAGCAUCCCUGAGAAUGAUAGGCUUAAGCAACCAUGCAUCCCUAAGGCAAGGAGAAGCAAACCAGAGUUUUUAAGUGAGAAGGAAAAUAUUUCUUCAAUCAAAGACAAGAAGAGAAGACAAUACAGCCUCCUUGCUCAGUUUGUGGGUAUAGGAGAGCUUGAAUUUAGCAAGUGGUUACUUUCUGCAACUCCUUUGGAGAGGGAGAAAGUGCUUCGAGACUUCAAAAAGAGGAAGGAGAAGAUACCUAAUGGUUAAAGCACUUCCUAGUGCAGAAAUAUAAGUCUUUUUCCACCUUCACAUGUCUUCAACAUAACAGCUGUAACUGAUUAAUGUACAUUAUUGUAUCAUAAAGAUGUAUUAUAGCAGAUUUCCCUUGUCUUUUUGUACAGCAUUUUUGUAAGAUUUUGACUGUAUUAACUCAGAAAGUGAUGCUAGCUGUUGUCCAAUUUUUCAGCAUAGCCGGAAAUUGCAUUGCCUUUGGCACUCUUAUUUAUCCAAAG